CGUGCACGCGCAGGCAGCUGAUGCGGUUAUUCUGUGUUUGCGUCUGUUCACGCGUUAAUGUACUGAAAAUUAUAUAAAUGUCGUAUUUUUUUCGGUUUUUGGAUUAGUUAAGUUAACGUUUUUAUGGAAGUGGAUACUCGGGUUGUUGUUUACAUCGAAAAACAAGUUUGGACGGGUGUUGAAUACGGUUUGCUGUCGUGUAACGGGAUUAACGGCUGUAACGGCUCUCAGGAGAGUUGUAAGUCCUGGGUUUUGUUAGUUUUCAGAGCCUCAGUUUUUUUUUUUUGUUUUUUUUUUAAGGCUGGAGUGUCCGGUUGGUUCGGGAGACACUGGAGAAGCUCUUCGUGCCACUUGACCCAGAAGCGAAGAGGACGUCGUUACGUUACACCUGAAACACUUGGAGUGCUGUGCCAGUUUAAUUAAAAAGCCUGUCAAAGUUUCGUUUAAACCAUGACACGCUUCAUAUUCUGACAGAGCGCAAAAUGAAUCGCGUCUGGAAAGUUCUCUGCAGUAAGUCUCGUUAGUCGUAACGGUGUACGGGAAGCGAAUUGAAGCUCGCCGACCAGCAAUGAAAAGUGACACCCAGGACCUGCGACGCCUCGCGCCGCACCGGAGCGCCCGGUAGCCGCGGCUUUGUCGGUUCUUGCCUUGCGCGCGACCGUUUCCCCGAGGUUAGGUGAGCGCGAGAAUGAGCGCGGACCUGGAGCGCGUGUCGCUGAGCUCCUCGUCGGCGGGCUCGCUGGCUUCGAGCGCGCGCUCGCUCUCCGCCAACGUGCGCAAGCUGCACGACGCGCUCAACCUGCUGCUCAGCGAGCUGGAGCGCGAGCAGUUCGUGCACUGCCUCAACGUGUACCACGCCAAGCGCAACGUCUACGACUUGGUCCAGACGCUCAAAGUGAUCCUCGACGCGCCCAGCAAGCGCCAGCUGCUCCCCAUGCUGCGCCUGGUCAUCCCGCGCUCCGACCAGCUCCUGUUCGACCGCUACACCUCCGAGGGACUUUAUUUAAAGUCGGACUUGCUGCCAAGUAGGAACGGGGAGCACGAGACCACCGUCGCCGCGAGCUCGGGUAACGACACCGCGCUCGCGCGUUUCCCUCUGCGCGGAUCCCCUGACCACGAGAGCACCGGCAGCGACGGGACAUCCACCGCGCUCGUCCCGCUGCUAGGCAGGCACUUCCUACCCGAACCCCCGGGUGAGGUCAGGCAGGUGACCCUGAAGCGCCACAAGAGCAACGAGGGUUUAGGCUUCAGCAUCCGUGGUGGAUCCGAGCAUGGGGUCGGAAUAUACGUGUCGCUCGUGGAGCCGGGAUCCAUGGCCGAGAAAGACGGGCUCAGAGUCGGCGAUCAGAUCCUCAAAGUCAACGAUAAAGUGUUCGAUAGAGUCACGCAUGCCGAGGCGGUGAAGGUGCUGAAAGGCAGUAAGAAGCUGUGCAUGUCAGUGCGCUCCAUGGGCCGCAUCCCAGGUGGUUAUGUCACAAAUCACGUGUACACGUGGGUGGACCCACAGGGCCGCAGCGUGUCUCCUCCUCCCGACCUGCUGGAGCACCGCAGCGCUACCCUGAACAGAAACGCCGGCCAACAGCGCAGCCACAUGCAGCUGCUGCAGGACGGAGACGAGAAGAAGGUGAAUCUGGUUCUGGAUGACGGCCGCUCUCUGGGUCUGAUGAUCCGCGGUGGAGCCGAAUACGCUCUGGGGAUCUACAUCACCGGAGUAGACCGAGGUUCAGCAGCAGAGUGUGGAGGGCUGAAGGUUGGCGACCAGAUCCUGGAGGUGAAUGGGCGGAGCUUCCUGAGCAUUCCUCACGACGAGGCGGUGCGCGUGCUCAAGUCUUCACGUCACCUCAUGAUGACCGUGAAGGACGUGGGACGACUGCCGCACGCCCGCACGGUGGUGGGAGAGACCAAGUGGAUUGCCAGCUCCCAGAUCACAGAGAGCUCAGCCAGCAGCAGUGUAGCAAGUCUGUCUAUGGACCAGGGGGCCUCAGCCUCAGGAAAGACGGGUUUUUAUAAGGGAGUAGCCGGUUCUCAGGUCACUCUCUCCAGUCUGGUGAACCAGAGUAGGGCCAUGCUGGAGGAACAGGCCAGACACCUCCUUACUGAGCAUGAGAGACAGACCAUGAACUACUACAUCCAGGAAUAUCGCAGUGGACACAUUGGAGUCGAACAGCUGGUCAUGGCCCUGUUUGAGCUCCUCAACACGCAUGCCAAGUUCUCUCUGCUGUCUGAGAUGCGGGGGCUGGUAAGCGCACAGGAUCUGGAGCGUUUUGAUGCACUGGUGCUCCGCAGGGAGAUCGAAGCUUUGAAGGCCCGACAGGGAGCAGCAGGUGGAGCAGCACUACACACAGACUCCCUUUCAAUGGUGUCCUACCCCGACACACUGGCCUCCUCCUCGGGCAGCUAUGUGACCAGUACUACGCUCAGCUCUGCACGGAAUGACAGUGCGGUGGAAACUAAUGGAGAAGAUGUCCAGGAGAGUAGAAAUGCCCUUCCCGACGUCUCUCUGGAUGAAAUGGGGUCCACAUCAGAACCCCCACCUUCCUUCAAGCCCCUUCCUCCCCCUCGCGUACAGCGUCGCCCCAGCCGUAAACCCGCCCCCAGCAAACGCCCUCCGUCUGAUUCCUCUAACUCUGAUCUACACAUCCCUACCCCUUCACACUCAACAUCCAAGGACUACACACAAUUCAAAAACCCUCCAAAGGAGCCUCCAUUGGCUCAGCUCUCCAUGGUGAGUCAGCACUCGAUUGGUCCUUUCCCACGUGUUCAGUCCCCCAACAGAUUGAAACCCCCUCCAGCACCAGCAGUCCCAGCUCCCCCUGCUCCGCCUCCACUCUCGAGUCCAGAAAAACCCCAAAGCGCUCCCUCUUCCCCAGCCUCCACCCAGCAUUUUGUCAUGGUGGAGGUGCACAGGCCCAACGGAGAGCCUGAUGUCAACGAGGUCAGACCACUUCCCCAAAGCAGAGGGUCCACUCUGUCUCAGCUCUCUGACAGUGGGCAGACACUAAGCGAGGACAGCGGCGUGGACAUCGCAGAGUCGGGACGCCUCAGCAAAGAGAGCAGUCCUCGUCCUGCCCGAACCCGGCCCCUGAGAGAGAGUGCAGGGGGAGGGGAGGGCAGCGCUGUGAAACCGCCUGGUCUUCUUGAGCCCAUGUCAACUCUGGUGCGAGUACCGAAGAGCGCCAGCACGUUGGGUAUCGCUAUUGAAGGCGGGGCCAACACACGCCAGCCUUUGCCACGCAUCGUCACCAUACAAAGAGGAGGCUCAGCUCAUAACUGCAGGCAGCUGAAGGUGGGCCAGGUGAUUCUGGAGGUGAAUGGGAUUUCUCUGAGGGGACGAGAGCAUCGAGAAGCAGCCUGCCUCAUCGCUGAGGCUUUUAAGACCAAAGAGAAGGACUACAUUGACUUCCUCAUUACGGAGUUCAAUGUGGCGUUGUAAGACCUCUCAGGCGUUAAAGAGGACGACAACUGUAAACACUUUUGGCACAAGGAUGCCACUAGUCCCGAGCAAACUGAAAUUCUCUUAUCAGACACUGUAUAAGUCCACCUAGUUUUAUCAUUCUGAACAUGUUGAACUGGCACUGCUCAGUCUGAUCACAAUCGUAUCUUUGGAUGACAUCUGUCUUUACUUGAGUCCUUCUUACACAGAUCAUUCCCUAGUCAUGAAACAAAUUCGAUUCAGUGUCUGUGUCACAACUAUGCGCUCAUUUCCCAUGUUGGAAUUUGCAUCUUUAACCAUUACAUCAUCUUUAUCUCAGAUGUCUAAUUUUAUAAAAGUAUGCACUUUGUGUCACUAUUUUUGUGAUCAUGACACAAACCCAAGAUGCUGGCAUUAUAUAUGUUACUGUAUGAGAAUUCAGGACUAUCUGCACAGACAGUAAUUUAAAUAAAUGUAUUAUCAAGAAAUAUGGUUAGACAUUUAGUUAAAUACGCUCCUUUUCUUUCCUUUCAAAGCCAUAAGGCUCAGGACAAAGGGAUCAAAUCUCAAUCAAAUAUAGUUAGAUUUAACGAAAAAGCUUAACAUUGGUAUUUAGUAGUAGACAUGACGUGCCUAGAUGGCAGCACUUAGAACAGAUGUGUCUCCUGUCUUUUGUACAGUUCUGUGAAUAUUCCUUUAUGUGUGUGAACCUCAAGGACAUAGUGUUUAUGCAUCACCUAAUCCGUCUUCUCCAUAAUGGCAGUACCUUUAAUGAAACCAUUAUUUUAUUAGAAUUUGAUUACACCAUUUUGUUGUAUCCUAAUUAUUUGCUAACAGAUUCGCAUUUAGAAGCCACAUCUGAGUUGUUCAUACAGUAGCUAUACAUGUUUAACAUUAAUUUCAUAACUAUGCCUCUUCCUGAUUUAAAAAAAUGUAAAAUCCAGUUAUAUACAGUACGAUAGGGACACAAGUGUGUAAAAGCAGUGCAUCCUUUGUUUAGGGCAAUCUAUAGAUCAGUAUCCAUUACUUGGAUCAGAACACAGAUAGACAGCAACAAGCCAGGAUAAAACCAGAAAAUCAUAAACGCGGAACAGGAAAACAAGUCUUUGGCUUACUACGACAGAAUGGCAGUCGAUUUCAUGCUUGAGUUGAAGGAACAAGAUCGUAGAGUAGUUAUUUAAAGGUUAAACCUAGAAUAGGUGCACACAUUUGAUUUUUAAAAAAUGGCAGGAACAGAUGAAGAGAGGACCAAAACAAUAGUGCAUUGCAAUGUAAUCGAAAAGUGCAAAACAAGAGAUUACCAUACAUCUGCUUUUUCGUUCUACUGUGAACUUGAUUGCCACGUGAUCCAUAAAGCAUAUCAAGGUUAAUAUCAGAAUGCCGGUAUUCAGUUUAUCCAAGCAGGUAUAAAACAUUGCACUGAUUAGUGGGAUAAUUAUCUUACUGUUGGAAAAUAAUUUCUACAUGGUGGACAAGAAAAUUGGCAGAGCAUCAACGCUCUGGAGGCGAUGGACCU